CAAGGAAAUUACUGGACUUUUCCAGAGAGGUGGAGAAACCUCUUUCCUUAUUGCUCUUCUCCGCCUAUUUCAUCUCCGAUCUCUUCAUUUCUGCCAUAACCACUUUCUCUUUUUCCCUGUCGACGGCCCGAUUCUUCGAGAGAGCGAUACGCAACUGCAACAAUAAUGUACAAGUUGAAGAGAAAGGAUAUCGAUCAAGUUAACGAUGAUUUCUCCGAUUUCUCUCUUUCUUCACCGGCGACAAAGAUUCGCCGCCUGGAUGCGGAGUUGCCGCCUAUAAUUGAGGAAGAUGAAAUUCCUGAAGCUCUGGUCAUCGAGGAAUUGUCGGUUCCGCCGGUGAAUGAAGAGAGGGCGGUUGUUCUGUUCAAGCCAUUUAAUACCCAUCUCUUGCACUCCCCUUCCAAGUUUUCUGUGACCCUUGAUUCUGAUAUUAUCUCCGGCUUUAAGAAGCAAUUUCUACAGUCAGGUAACCCUGCUCCCCUAAACUCAGCUGAUGAUGAAACAGCAGCUCUGUCAAAAACUAAUAUUGUGUCAGAAAAUGAAUGUCGAGCUGUGGUUCCAUGGUUUCCCCCCAUCGUUCCUUCCAUUGUAGGCGAGGAUGUUUCCUCACCGGAGGCCCCACAGUCAAUGGACCCUGAUGACAUGGGGGAAGCAUCAAUGGAUAUUGAAGAAAGCAGUAAUGUGAGCAUGGAACAAGAGCCAGGAUAUGGAUUUGGUGGUUUGAAUGCUAGUGAGGGCUUCCAGCAGUGGCCGCAACAGCACUGUAUGAUCCCACAGCCACCUCAGAACACCUUCACUCCCAUCACAUGGUUCCGGUAGUAAAAGAGAGCAAAGUAAAUGGAAUGUUGCCUCCAAUUUUUGUAAUUCUUCUGCCUUUUUGGAGUGCAUUGGAGGGAGUUUAGAUGUGGAAGCAAAAUAUGGAUCUCACUUUUGUUGGCUAUUGGAGAUGAAAACCAUGAAGCCUGUUCUUGGAAGGAGAUAAUGUGUUGUAGUAGAUGUAAAAUUUCGUUUCUCCGAAGUUUGUAUUCUCUUCAGAUUAAAUAGAAUUCAGUUCAGAGCUCAAUGAUCUUGGAUGAGUACUUCAUGUAUAUUCAAGAAAAUUUGUAUCAAAUUUCCUUGAGUAUAUUGUGGUGGGGUGAGUGAUGAUUCCACGAUGAAAUAGAAUCAAAAAAUUUAAAAGAA